AGUCCCGAUUUUCACUCCCAAGUCAACACCCAUUCUCUGUUUUCAUCCCAGAAAUAAUCAAGAAAUUAAGAAUGAUGACAUUCCCGCAUUGAAUUCAGAAACCACAUCCAUCAGCCAUUAUCCAUGAUCCAAUCAAUGAAUGAAUGUGAAUUUCAACCUCAAAUUCCCAACACCCUAAUUGGAAAAUCAAAUAAAGAUGAGCUACAGAGAAGCAGUGGAGGAGAAAAUGGAAUUAGUGGAGCAAACUCAGAAUCAAGAAACCCCUACUGAUGAGAAUUCAAGUAGAAAGGGUGGUCUAAAAACCCUUCCUUUCAUCAUCGUGAAUGAAGCAUUUGAGAAAGUAGCAAGUUAUGGGAUUCAACCAAAUUUGAUUUUGUAUUUGAUGAACGAGUACCAUUACAGUAUUGCUACUGGGGUAACUAUUUUGUCUAUCUGGUCAGCUUCAUCAAAUUUCUUGGCUAUUUUUGGUGCUUUUCUAUCAGAUUCAUACGUGGGAAGAUUUAGAGUUAUUGCUUUGGGUUCCACUGCUAGCUUUCUUGGGAUAGUCCAGCUAUGGUUGACAGCAAUGUUUCCACAGAUGAAACCAAAACCUUGUGAUUUGUCUUUAAAUGUAUGUGACUCGGCGACACUAGCUCAGUUCCUUUUUCUAUUAUCAUCUCUUGGACUAAUGUCUAUUGGAGCUGGUUGUGUUAGACCGUGUUCGAUAGCAUUUGGUGCUGAUCAGUUGCCUCAAAAAGACGACCCCGCAAAAAAUGAAGAGAUCUUACAGACCUACUUCAACUUUUAUUAUGCUACAAUUGGAAUUUCAACUCUGCUUGCCUUGACAGUUAUCGUGUACAUUCAAGAUCACAUGGGAUGGAAAGUGGGUUUUGCAGUUCCUGCCAUGCUCAUGUUCUUGUCUGCUCUUUUCUUCUUCCUUGGGAAUUCUUUCUACAUCAAAGUGAAAGCCAGCACAAGCCUAUUUACUGGAUUUGCUAAAGUCUUCGUAGCGGCAUGGAAAAAUAGACGUCUUGAUCUUGCUCUUGCUCCCCAAACAAUCAACUCGGAUGGGGUUUAUUACUACAGCAAGGAUUUAGAGCCUAUGGCACCAUCAAACAAUCUAAGGUUUCUAAAUAAAGCUUGCAUCAUUAGAGAUCACGUAGAAGAUUUAAAACCUGACGGAUCACCUGCCAAACCGUGGGAGCUCUGCACUGUCAGUCAAGUAGAAACCUUCAAAUCACUAAUCAGAGUUAUCCCUAUCUGGUCUACCGGUUUCAUGAUAUAUAUGACACUCUCACAGAACUCCAUUCCAGUUCUCCAAGCAAAAACCAUGAAUCGACACAUAACCACUAACUUUGAAAUUCCAGCAGGGUCCUUUGCCUUGUUCACAAUUACUACGUUAACAAUAUGGGUAGCAUUUUAUGAUCGAGUAAUUGUCCCCAUACUUGCAAAGUACACUGGAAAGCCAAAUGGGAUCAGUGCAACAAUAAGAAUGGGUAUCGGAUUACUGCUCUCAUGCAUAGCCAUGGCUGUUGCAGGAAUAGUAGAACACAUUCGCAGAAGAAAUUCAGUCGAAGAAAACUUUUCCAUAUCGGCACUAUGGUUAGUGCCACAAUUUUGUUUGAUUGGUUUAGCAGAGGCUUUUAAUGCAAUUGGACAAAUAGAAUUUUAUUACAGGCAGCUUCCAAAGAGCAUGUCUAGCGUUGCAGUGGCAUUUUUCACAUUGGGUACAGCUUUUUCGGGUUUGUUAGGGGGUUUAAUCAUAAGUGUUGUUGAUAAAGUUACCAAGAGUGGUGAUAGGAAAGAGAGUUGGGUGUCCAGAAAUCCUAAUUUGGGUCACUAUGAUUAUUAUUAUUGGUUUCUUACUUUCUUGAGCGUCAUCAACUUUUUCUACUUUGUAAUUUGUUGUUGGUGCUAUGGGCCAUGUGGAGAAGAGGAAAAUACUAGGGCUUCUGAUGAUGCAGCAGAAGUUAAUGAAGGGAUGUUGGAAAACUCUAGGGAUCUUCCUAGCUGCUCUUAAGCUUGAUCCAUUUUUGUAAUAAUCUGCAAAGUAAUCGUAGUUUCAGGUUUCUUUCCAAAUUUUAUGUGGUUUUACAUACAUUUUCAGAAAGCUCUCAGGUAUAACUCAUUACUUGUGCUUUAAUUAGCUCUCAAAUGUGGCUUGAAGUUGAAUUCAGGUAUGUUAUAAGACUUCGCUUUCA